CAGCGUUUCCCAAGGCAUUCAAAAAGAGACCGAUAGUUUUUUUUAUCUCGGCAAUCGAUAUGGCAGAUGAAACUACCGCGAUUGUUCCGGCCAGCAACGCCGGCAAGAAGGUCGCUGUCGCCAAGCGAAGAAGACCAGCUCGCAUCCAAGCCGAAGCAAGACCAGCCGACCAACAAGUUCCUCCACAAACCGGUCAAGUCUUCAACAUCUGGUACGGAAAAUGGGCAGGCGGAGACCGGGAAGACGCAUACAUCUCCAAGCAACAUUCUGAAUACCGUUGUGUUAUCGCGAAGGACUCUGGAUACACCAAGGCGGAUCGCGUACCCGGCGCAUAUUUCUGUCUUCAAUUCGCACGAGGAAUGUGUCCGAAUGGACCAGAUUGUAACUUCUUGCACCGAUUGCCGACGGUGCACGAUAUGUUCAGUCCGAACGUGGACUGUUUCGGACGCGACAAGCAUGCGGAUUACCGCGACGACAUGGGAGGUGUAGGUAGUUUCAUGCGACAAAACCACACCAUCUACGUUGGCCGAAUCCACGUAAGUGAUGAAAUCGAAGAAGUCGUGGCAAGGCACUUUGCAGAAUGGGGAGAGGUCGAACGAAUCCGUGUACUCAACUCGCGUGGUGUGGCAUUCGUCACCUACGUCAACCAAGCAAACGCACAAUUCGCAAAAGAGGCGAUGGCACAUCAAUCACUCGACCAUAACGAGAUUCUGAAUGUGAGAUGGGCGACCCAAGACCCAAAUCCCCUAGCGCAAAAACGUGAUGCGAGGAGACUGGAGGAGCAAGCAGCAGAAGCAAUCAGGCGAGCACUACCAGCGGAGUUUGUGGCGGAGCUGGAAGGACGGGACCCAGACGCGAAACGGAAACGAAAGAUAGAGGGAAGUUUCGGGUUGAAGGGGUAUGACGUUCCUGAUGAGGUGUGGUAUAGCCGUGGGAGUAACGCGGUGAAUCCGGCGGUGCAGCAGGCGCAACUUGAGGCACCCGAGCAGAAAUUACAGUUAGAGGCGCCGCCUGCGAAGGAAUAUGAUGGAAGUAUUUUUUCGAGCUCGACACUGUCGGCAUUGAGGACUUUGACGGAGAAGACUGGCGCGACGGUUGCACCGGCGCCAGCCAAGGAGGAGACGAAGCCUGCAGGUCUUGCUGGGAUGUUGGAUUAUGCCAGUGAUGACGACUCCGAUUGAGAUACUGUGGUGACAAGGUUUCACGAUAUGAGCAGAUCAGAGCACCCAAACCAGGAUUAGGUGACAGAAACAUGUCGGGUUAACAAGGCGAAAGACCUCGUAAUUCUAGCUCUAUGGUAUAAAAAUCAAGCAAACGCCAUCAACCGUGUCUCUUUCUAAGACAACUCGU